AUGGCUGAGACGCAACCCGCUCCGAGAAAUCCGGGGCAGGGAUCCGCGGCCGCGGAGCUCAGGCAGCUCCUCGAGCGCGAGACGGCGAAGACUCGUCUGCGCCGCUUGGCUGUAAGCUUCUUGCUUCGUGAUAGAGCUGACAGCAGACUCACACGUCGCCACCGUUCAACCCCGUAUGCGGUCAUACGACACCAGAUGCUUGCGCUAAGGCAAACGGUAGGGUCUGCACCCGAACUCACUUGGAGCCCAUCAGCAGACCGUAUACCGACCCAAGUCUUGGAUAUUGCUCCUACCUCAACAUGUGCUACGGGGAAGGCAUGUUCAGCAACAACCCGAGUCUCGGGGAAGGGACGCGCGGAACUAAGGAGUGUCGGUGGGUAUCUUUACGUGCUGUACUAUCCAGCGAUCCCGCGGACAAGAGCUGACACUAGAUACCUCCACUUCCAGGUUGCGCCCGCCGAGCAGCGCCAUUCUGUACCUGCGCCUGGUCCCGUGCCGCUGCCGGUACCGGAGAAGUUGGCGGGGAAGGUGACGAAGGGUCCCGCGCAGUGGGUGAACUGUGAUAUCCGAAGCUUCGACUUCAGCGUUCUCGGGCAUGAUCGUGGCAGACCCGCCAUGGGACAUCCACAUGACUUGCCAAGUGCACUCACGUCUGUGUCCCGGUCCAGCGAAAGUGCUUGUCACGAUUCACCAGCUGAUGAUGCUAGCCCUCGCUUCAAAAGCUACGUCAGCAACUUACUCUCAAGGCAAUGUUCUCGUCGGCCGGCGAACUGGCCGCGCGACAAGCCCGUGCCGUGGGACGAGGACCCAGGCUUGCGCGCUCUCAGGAGAGGCAUCGAUACCGACGUCGUUGUCGCUGAGGUUCGCGAGACGAGUCGCAAGCCGGAUGAGGUGUAUGGCGUCCUUGAGCGGCUGAGUUCAGGACGCAAGCUCGAGCUCUUCGGCCGUAAACACAAUAUCAGAGAGGGGUGGCUUACCCUCGGCAACCAGCGCUCGCAGGUCGCUGAGCCCGACCUCCACGCCCGCCUCGAGAGCCGAUACCCGAACCAAUCCUUCAGACUUGUCCAGUGA